AUGGCGGGAGCAGCUGAGGUGGUCAAGGUUGGCAGGGCAGCCCCAGAAGCGGCCGCGCUGGUGGAGGGGGGCAGGGAGGCCCCCGGGUGUGAAAGCACAGAGGAGUAUGACUACGAUUACCUCAGCAUCAAUAAAACCUGGGUCCUCACCCCCAGGGCGCAGGAGACUGAUGCCACGCAAAUCCUCAACUCACUGCUGAAGAACUAUGACAACAAGUUGAGGCCUGACAUUGGCAUCAAGCCCACAUUUAUCGACGUGGAUAUCUACGUGAACAGCAUUGGGCCAGUAUCUGUAAUCCAAAUGGAAUACACCAUCGACAUCUUCUUUGCUCAAACGUGGUAUGACCGGCGUCUUCGUUUCAACAGUACUCUCAAGGCCCUCACACUGAACACCAACAUGGUGAGCCGCAUCUGGAUCCCUGACACCUUUUUCAGGAAUUCCAAGCGGGCUGACUCCCACUGGAUAACCACCCCUAAUCAACUCCUCCGCAUCUGGAAUGAUGGCAAAGUUCUCUAUACGCUCAGACUGACUAUUGAGGCUGAAUGUCUGCUCCAGCUGCAGAAUUUCCCAAUGGACACUCACUCGUGCCCUCUGGUUUUCUCCAGUUAUGGCUAUCCACGAGAGGAGAUUGUCUAUCGCUGGAGGCGCUAUUCCAUUGAGGUCUCUGACCAGCGCACCUGGAGACUUUACCAAUUUGACUUCACAGGGCUGAGGAACACCUCAGAGGUCCUCAGGACUGGGGCAGGGGAGUACAUGGUGAUGACAGUUUCUUUUGAUCUGAGUAGACGUAUGGGUUAUUUUGCCAUUCAAACCUAUAUUCCCUGCAUCCUGACUGUUGUUCUGUCCUGGGUUUCCUUCUGGAUCAAGAGGGAUUCCACACCAGCCCGGACAUCUCUGGGUAUCACCACUGUGCUAACAAUGACCACCCUGAGCACCAUCUCCCGCAAGCACCUUCCCCGUGUUUCUUAUAUCACAGCCAUGGACCUCUUUGUCUCUGUGUGCUUCAUCUUCGUCUUCGCAGCUCUCAUGGAGUAUGCCACACUCAACUACCUGGUGGGAAACAAGAAACCACUGGAGCACAACAGCAGGAAAACCAGGCUGCCAUCUGCUGGUGUCCAGGUGGUGCCAUCCUUCACCACCAUCAACAUCAACAACAUCAUGCACUGGCCCCCAGAGAUAGAGGAGGAUGAGGAUGAAGACCCUGGCUCCCCAUGCCUGGAAGGGAAGGAAUGUGAGAGAUUCUUCUGCUGCAUUGAGGACUGUCAGACAGGGAUGUGGCGGGAGGGAAGGAUCCGCAUUCAUAUCUCCCGCCUGGACUCCUACUCUCGUGUGUUCUUUCCCACCGCCUUCCUGCUCUUCAACAUUGUCUACUGGAUUGCCUAUCUGUAUCUCUAGCUGUUCUUUGUCCUCAACUGGAAUGGACUGGAAGCCAGCAAAAUGGGCAAAAUGGGCUCUUCAAGGAGCAUAGCAAACAACGUCUCUUCCUGUUAUAGUUAAUCAUCAGUCUGAACAGUCCAAUUUGCUGAUUCCUUUUUCCUGCUCUCAUCUCAUCUCUUCUGAGAAGAACUAGACAGCAUUUUUUUUUCUCCCAAACCUGUUUUUUUAGAGAAUCGUCCCAUCCCAAACAACCCUUUCUCCAACUCCACCAGCAUUUGACUUCUUACAAGAUGGCCCAGAGAAGUCCUAUUCCUAUCAAAAAGUUAGGGAUUUUGUCAAAAACAAAAACCUGAAUG